AUGUUCAAAGAUAGCUUUAAAUAUUAUAAGAGUCGAAAUCCGUAUCCCGAUCUAAAGGAUGUAAUCGAUUUAAAUAAUCCGGGCUCUAAUAAAGUUAUUAGUUUUAGAGGGAAGUUAUUUGAUGAACGAUGUGAACACGAAUUAGGAUUAAAACCAGUAAAAGACUGGGAAAUCUUUAAAUUUUUAGAUGUCCCUGGACUGAUUUUUAUAAAAAAUCCAUUUACCACCUAUGGACAACGGUAUUGGAUUAUAAAAUGUUUAAAAGAGUACUCAAGGAAGCCAUAUAAAUUAAAUUUGGAUGUCCAUAAGGUUUUGAAUGACGAUGAAGAUUGGUGGGAUAUAUGUUUUGGAAACUCUAACAAAGGUAAAGAAUUAUUAGCAAAAUUAAGGUGGGCAACAUUGGGAUAUCAUCAUAACUGGGACACAAAGUUAUAUUCUGAAACAUGCAAAACAGAAAUACCUACCGAAUUGUCAGUACUGACUUCAUAUGUAGCAAAAAUUUUAGACUUUAAAGAUUUUAAAGCUGAAGCAGCAAUUGUUAAUUACUAUAGAAUGAAUUCAACGUUAGCUGGUCAUACUGAUCAUUCUGAGGUUAAUGUUGAUGCACCUUUAUUUUCUAUAAGUUUUGGACAAACUGCAAUAUUUUUAAUUGGAGGACUUACACAAGAUGAUGCAGCAAAUGCUAUGUUCUUAAGAAGUGGAGAUAUAGUAGUAAUGUCUGGAAAUUCACGCUUAAGAUACCAUGGAGUACCAAAAAUUUUGUCAGCUACUACUACACCAUGGGAUUCUGAGGACUCAUAUGAUAAUAACCAGGAUUGUACAUGGGAUCAAGAUGAUUGGAACAAAGCAAAAACUUACACUUCUGAAGCCAGAAUAAAUAUGAAUAUAUGACAGGUGUUAAAA